AUGCGUCUUCUCACUUUCCUGAGCGCUCUAGCCAUUGUGCCUUCAGUGCUUUCAGCUUCAGUGGCAGGAAUCACUGGAGAUAACCUGGCGGCGCGGGAUGGCGAUCGUGGCCAUUACAACGUUUCUGGUCUUGGAGCUCGUAAGCAAGCCGUGCUCAAAGCUGGUGGCAAUACCCAAGAUCUGGCGAUAGCGAUGCUGGAGACGGAUACAAUGACUACCGCUUAUACAUACGGCGACGGAAAGACUGGCGACUCUACCAACUUUGGCAUUUUCAAGCAGAAUUGGUUCAUGUUGCGAACUUCUGCAUCCGAGUUCAAGGGCCAAACCGAAGGUCAGGUGUCCAAUGGUGCUAUUCUCAACUCUGAUCUGAAGAAGGAUAUAAAAGCCCGCCACGAUGGCCAGGAGCAUUUUGGAUACGACGUCUGGUUUGCCGGGCACCGCAAUGGAGCAAGCGGUGUUCAGAAUCCAUACACGGCGGAUAUUCAAGCGUACAAGGAUGCCGUUGCGUGGAUCAAGCAGCAGAUCGAGAGCAAUGAGAAGUAUCGCACCGAUGAUACUCGAUUCUGGGUGCAAGUCCACGCUAUUUAG